UAGCAAUGUAAAAUAUUAAUCAAACUGUCAUUUGAUUAGCUAUUAAUUUGUUGUGGGUCAGCUCUUAAAUUGUUGACUUUAUCAUACGAACACCAACAAUUCGUAACUAAUCAAAUGACAGUUCGUGCAAAGACACUGUCAAAAGGCCUUAGCUCAACUAUAAAAUGCCAGCAGACUUGUGUUCCUCACAAUCUCAUCCUUGAAGUACAGCUUCAAAACUUCACUCAAGGGAAAAUGGCAAUUCAAAAGCUUUUCGUGGUCUGCUUUCUUCAACUCGUUUUCGCCUUUUUGCUUGCAGGCCUCACUAAUGCAGGGAGGCUGCAACUCGGAUUCUACCAGAGAGCAUGUCCUGAUGCAGAGCUUAUAGUCCAUCAAACUCUUUAUCGUUACAUCUCAAGGGACCGAACCCUUGCUGCUCCUCUGCUAAGAAUGCAUUUCCAUGAUUGCUUUAUCAGGGGAUGUGAGGGUUCUGUCCUCCUAAGUUCUACAAAAAAUAAUCAAGCUGAGAAAGACGCCAUCCCAAAUAAAACCUUAAGAGGGUUCAAUGUCAUUGAUGCUGUAAAAUCAGCACUAGAAAAGAAGUGUCCUGGUGUUGUUUCCUGUGCCGAUAUCUUGGCCCUGGUGGCUCGUGACGCAGUCCUAAUGAUUGGCGGACCACAUUGGGAUGUUCCCACAGGACGCAGAGACGGAAGAGUGUCGAUUGCCAAUGAGGCUUUAUUCAAUCUACCAUCUCCUUUUGCCAACAUAACUGUCCUGAAACAACAAUUUGCUGCAACGGGUUUAAGUGUAAAGGACCUUGCAGUUUUAUCAGGAGGACACACCAUAGGAAUUGGACACUGUACCAUAAUCUCGAACAGGUUGUACAAUUUCACAGGCAAGGGAGAUACUGACCCUUCAUUGGACCCAAGAUACGCUGCUCAACUGAAGAAAAAAUGUAAGCCUGGAAACUCCAACACAGUCGUUGAGAUGGACCCUGGUAGCUUCAAGUCUUUCGACGAAGAUUACUACAACAUUGUAGCUAAAAGAAGAGGGCUAUUCCGAUCUGAUGCAGCUCUUCUUGAUGAUGCUGAAACAAGAGGCUAUGUCAAAUUUCAGUCAAUGACACAGGGAUCCACUUUUGCACAAGAUUUUGCUGAAUCCAUGGUGAAAAUGGGUUCCAUUGGAGUCCUGACCGGCAAACAAGGCGAAAUCAGGAAACAUUGUGCUGUUGUGAAUUAA